AAGAAGCUCGGCAGUCUAGGGGAAGACGUGUGAUACGUCGUGGACAUGAUCAAAGUUGAGCACCAUAGGCCACAAGGGAAAUAUAAGUAAGAACUAAGUCUGGAACAGGUCCUUUCCCCGUCUUCGAGCUGGGUCAAGAGCAUAUGUAUUGUAGACUUUCCCACCAGGUGCUAAGCUCAAGACAUAAGCACAACGAAUGUACAUAAAGAGCCCGACGUGCUCCAACACUCCAUAUCGACAAUUUCAAGCGGUUUCUGCAGGUACAGAAUCAGGGAAUUUUGGGCUCAUGAACGACGUGGGACAGCACCCGUCGAUUAAAAGCACAUAUCUGUUGGUUGAUUUCUUCUUGGUGGCUGCAGUUGUGAGGUUCAUCGGAGGAUUUCGGAGAAUACAACCCGACUGAGAUUAUACGAACAAGCAGGUGGGAUUGCACCGCAGACGCACCGAAGUGGAAAUCGAGGAGGUGGUCAACCUCGGGACAUGGCACACGGUGGUAGGAGUGGGCAAGCAGGGGGAUCGGACUUCAAACCCCUGUUUGAGGAGACGAUACAGGAUCGAAACAACAAGUCCGCUUAUCCCACCACUGUUCUGAACAUCGACGAUUUAGAAGAUCUUGCAAAGAGGACUUGGAAUAAAAACGCGACAGAUCCUGCUAACACUGAAGGCCCUUGGGAUACAAUCGAUUCUAUGCUACGUCAACAACGUCAUCCAGUUUUCAGCAACUCUGCCGGCCUCACCGCUCUUCAUGUGGCUGCAAAAUUCGGCCGUUUGCUGGUGGUGCGGGAAUUGCUGCUAACAAACAAGUGCACGGAGUUCGAGGCAGAAACAGCAGAUGGACAGACGGCUUUGCACAUGGCGGCCAUAUCAGGGCACGACGAGAUUGUUCGCUGGCUCGUAGAGCAUUAUCCAUCAGAGGAGGAGCACAGUCUUGAAAGCUACGUCAACAGAAGAGAUCAUCACAUCUCUGAGCCGGAAACCCGUCAGACUUCGCGACCGAAAGUCAAACCUUCGAGAACGAACUCCAACACCUUUUUGCCCAUGUUCCUCAGACACAUGAUUUCAGGAAAGAGAAAACAAGGACGUGUUCAAUGCGAGCCGUCCAACAAUCACAGAACAGCACUUCACUAUGCUGUCCAGCACGGCCACGUAAAGGUUGUAAAAUUGCUUUUGGAAUUUGAAGAAGUUGAAGUUAAUGCCAGGGACUCUGACGGUAUGACUCCCCUGUAUCUUGCCAUUCUGAGCUUGCCAACCCUCCCAAAAUUGAGGGGCGCAGACCGCCUCUCUGUGAUCAGAGAGCUACUGUCACAUCCCAGUAUCGACGUGAACGCUCAGUCUAGCGAACCUGGACACAUGGGGGACACCCCGCUGCAUGUUGCCGUCAGAAUUAUGGACCCAGAAGUGGUGGAUUUGUUGUGCUGUCAGCGGAUGUUGGUGGCAACGAAGAGGAACCAACUAAAGGAGAUGCCUCUGCGGCUCGCCUGGGAACACAAGCCCCCCACAGAUGCCAUGGAUUGUAUCAAGGGGCUACUCCUGAGAAGACCCGACGUGGAAAGGGCUAUGGACGAACUGACAGAAGAUAAAGCUCUUCUGCACACAGCAGUAAAUUCGUUGCUCGUGGGGGGCACUCUUUUGGCGAGCCUCACAUUUGCAGGAGUCCUCAAAAUGCCCGCUUUACCACACGAUGGCGAUUUCACACCUUACACAGGCCUAAAGCAAUUCUACAAUCGAGCAGUCGACAUAUUCCGAGGCUCCAACAACAUGUGUUUCUUCUUGAGCAUCAUUACCUUGAUGCUAGUCAUUCAAGUUCCAAUUACUAAGCGUAGAAGCGCUCGACCUUUCGCAGAGCAGCAUGUGGAGAAAUUACGAAUCUGGAUUCUGUUAAUCUCCUUCUGUCUCACGCUCGCCACCUCGUGUGCUGUCAUGGCUUUCGUAUCGGCAGGGCUGGCCAAAGUUCCCGUGUCAGAGAGCGGGUGGUCUAGACUUCUUUACAGAUGGGGAGAAGGACACUUCAGGUCACCAGUCAAGUCGACUAUGCUUAUGACGACACUUCUCGGGUGUCUAUUUCUCGCUCUCAUCCUAGGUUACAAUCUCUUCACAGACUACUUCUUCAUUUUCCGUGAUUACUUGUCUUCUACGUUCUCAAUCAGGUCUUCAAUCGCAGUCUUCUUUGCGCUAUCUCUCUUAGUCAGUGUGAUAACAGUCGUAGCUUUGCUUAGUGUUGGAGUUGGUCUCCUCGCUGAAAGGUCGAGGCCAGAUUAUACUAUACCGCAAGAUGCGAAGGCCUUGAAAACUUUGCGUCAAAUUUUAAGCUCCACGAAGAUCACUCGAGGAGCUUAGACGCCUGUAGAUACUGUAAAUAUAAAAGUAAACCCCUCUUUGGGGAAAGCUCCUCCACUAGAUGGUUUUGCGUUCUGCAUCAAAUCGGCCGUCAGGAUGCAUUUUUUUCACGUCAGGUCAUUUCGGAGGCUGAAAGUCCAGAGGCGUUGUAAACUGUACGUAUAUGCCAUCGUUCUCCGAGUGUUGCCAAAACUUGCAGACCCAC